CGCGAGCCGGGAGCCGCUCUGGCCGGCGCGCUCGCUUCCUUUUCCCUCAGGCGCCGCUUGCCUUCCCCCGGCCUCCACAGAAGGGGCGAUGAACGGCUUGAGGCGAGCCGCGCUGCUGGCUUUCCCUCAGCUUUGGCGGCGGCCUCCAUGGGGCGGCGGAGGAGCGCUGCGGCGGCGCGCCGGGACCGGCGGCUUCCCCGCCUACCGGAGCUCGGAGGAGCCCCUCAGGCGCUGUGGAGCGGCGGCGGCGGUUGCUCCGCCCGAGGAGGAGGAGGAGGGAGAGCAGUUCGUCUUCCUCGAGUACGUCCCUGAGGAAGAGCCGCGGCUGCCGAAGGCGGGAAACUGGCGGGAGCCUGAGGGAAGGCCGGAGCCGGACCAGCCCGGGAGCGGCGGCGACGCAAGCCGGCGCCGUCCGAAGCCGCCCCGGGAGGCCCACCGGCCCAGGGGCCACCCGGACCCUUCGGUGCCGUCAAGCGGAGUGAGCUGCUCGGGCUGCGGCGCGGAGCUGCACUGCCGGGACCCUGCGGUGCCCGGGUACCUUCCCAGCGAGAAAUACCGGAGCCUGCUGCGAGAGGAGGAGGAGGACAGGGAAGGGGAGGAUGGGCAAGGGGCGACCCGCCGUCAGCAGGCGCUGGAGGGAGCAGUGUGCCAGCGCUGCUGGGUGCUGGUGCAUCACGAGCAAGCGCUGCAGGUGCAGAUGCCCCGGGAGGAGUACCGCCGCGUGGUGAGCGCAGCCCUGCGCAGCCCUCCUCGCCACGGCCGCCCGCCUCUGGUGCUCUGCAUGGUGGAUGUGCUGGACCUGCCCGACUCCAUCCCGACCGACUUGCCCGAGCUGGUGGGCAGCCAGGCGCACCUCUUCGUACUGGGGAACAAGGUGGACCUGUUGCCCGGCGACUCGCCCCAGUACCUGAGCCGUCUCCGAGAGCGCCUGCUGGAGAUCUGCGCUGGCGCUGGUCUCGUGGACCUGGCGAAGCCCAGCCCGACGCCGCAGAAACAGCAGCGUGUGGUUGAUGUGCACCUCAUCAGUGCCAAGACCGGCUAUGGGGUGGAAGAGCUGAUCUCCAAGUUGCAGCGCUCCUGGAAGUUCAACGGGGAUGUGUACCUGGUGGGAGGCACCAAUACUGGGAAGUCUACCCUCUUCAAUGCCCUCCUGCACUCGGAUUACUGCAAGUCCAGAGCAUCUGAUGUGAUCAAUAGGGCAACAAUCUCGCCUUGGCCAGGUCAGGUCAGAGGAAGCGCUUUUACUUAUUUAGGCCAACCUGAGGAAGCCCACAUAGGAACAUCAUUUAUGGUUGUGUAAUGUAACGCUGUGAUGCUCUUCCAGAAAUACUGGAGAUGAUUAAAAAGUCAGUACCUGUUCCUUGUUUCAAACACACAUAUGGCUGGGAGCUGUCCAUGCCUGUUACACUUGCCACACAGCCAUGUGAUACCUUAAACACCAGCAAAUCAGUGGUUGUUGAUGAGCUGUACUAAACUCUUAUAUUAACAAAAAAAUCAUGCCACACUAGACUUUUUAUGAGUUUUUAAAAGUUGUCAUAAGACUCAUAUUAUAGCAAGAAUGAGGAACGCAGCUACUCUUCUGAAACCAGUCACACAUAAGUCAACUAUCAUGUGGACAGGAGGAAGACUGAAGCACUGGAGUACAUGGGCUAUGAGGAUCUGACAUGAACAAAUUAGAUAACAUUGAAUAUUUUUAUAUAGCACUUGAGAUCUGUAUUUGCCUGACACUCUUAAGCCAAACCUUGACUUAGCAAGACUGUAUGAGCAUGCCAUCUUAUGAUGCUUAGGCAUCUUUGGUAAACAUUUGUGCUUUGAGGCCUUUUCUGGUGCUUGAUCUCAGUAUCUAAAUUCUUCCCUAGUUUUUCGGUUGUAUUUUCUUCUAGUAUUUUAAUGUUUUGAAUUUAAUAUUGAGAUACACUACCACAAGACUUAAUGUGAGAAACAGUAUAGAUUAAAAAAAAAUAAUAGUAGCAAGCCAAUUUCAUACACGUAUUGGGGAAUGAGUCUGAGAUAACAAUAAUAUGCCUAAAGCCAGGCCACUUCAUAAGGGCAUGAAUUGAGAUGAGGGUUAGUCAUUACGCCAGUUCUGUUAUUUACUAGUAUUAUUUAUUAAAUUUGUAUACCGCCCUUCAUUCUAAGAUCACAGGGUGGUUCACAACAUAAAAACACAAGGUCUAGAGAAGAUGGGUUGUCAAAAUGUAAGAAAUAGGCAGAACAAGUUUUUGCCAGCUGUUUUCUGCAUUUCUUAUUACUAUAUUUAAAGCUCCUCUCCAACUUUCUGGUUGCCUGCAAGAGCUUUGGAUGUCCCAUAAUAGUUUGGGGGCCAUGUUAGAAUUGCUUAUACUUACCUAAAAUCUUAAUCCUCUGUUGUUGUUUUUCUAGGAACAACCUUGAAUCUCCUGAAAUUUCCAAUUAUUAAUCCUACACCUUACAGAAUAUUCCAGAGGGAAGCAAGACUAAAGGCAGAUGCAGAGAAAAUGGAAGAAGACCUCAGUGAAGAUGAGCAAAAGCAGCUUGCGAUCCUCAAAAAGCAAGGGUACUUAAUAGGUGAGUACCUUCUGAGAACUAUGUAGCUGAUUUGAGUUCUAAAGAGCAGUUUUCCCUGGAGGAAAGCAAUGGGACAAGGGGAAAUGUGCAUGAGUCCUAAGUAUGAUUAAUGUUGCCUAUCACCCCAACUGUACUUGUUUUAAUUUAUAUAAUAUCUAGGACUAAGAUUGUAAUUCUAUAGUAGAGGACAGAUUAGUCAAGUGAGAGAGAGAAUUUACACUUUAAAAGAGGAUACAGUAAGAAGACUGGCUCAUUUUUUUUAGUUUAAUCACCAGAGGACAGGCUAAAAGAUGAUUGUCCACUGUAGUAUUUUCAGAGUGAGAUCUUAACUCUAAAGGUGAUAGCCAACAUCAGUCUUACUCGGAGUGGCCCACAAAUGUUUUCUUUUGUAAUAAAUGCUUUGAUUGUAUUCCCAGAAAAUUACAGAAUUGAAUAAAUGAAACAAUCAUAUAAAUAUAAUUAAGCACGUGCUAGAAAAUCAGGAUACAAAUUGUAUGAUCCCAUGACCUUUUGAAAAAUUGUAAAUGCAGAGGGGAUGCAGAGAAGUGGUUAUGUACAGUGGUCAAAUACAUAGUUCAUAUCAGCAUAUCAUUCCAGAAUUUAAUCUGAAAUAGUGGCCUUAGCUCCAUAUGUUGAAGCUCAGUUAAGAUGCUGCUGCCUCCAGAAAGCUGGAUCAUGAGAAGUUUGUAAGGGACAAAAACCACUAACUGAAGAAAAGCAAUAUAAUUUGGUUUUUUUUUUCUUUUGAUGUAGGAAGAAUUGGGAGAACAUUUCAAAUGCCAAAAAAGCUGAAGAAAAAUUGUGAAAUUGAGUUUGAUGCUGAAGCAUUGUCUUUUGGUAUGGAGGAAGAACCUUCUGUUCCACCUGUAACUGCUACUAAGAAAGUUGAACUCACAUACAAUGAAGUGAAAGACGCUCGCUGGUUUUAUGACACUCCAGGGAUUGUCAAAGAUGGUUGUGUAAGUUAACGCUUCUACUUUUAAGAAGUUUGUUACGUAGGACUGAGAAGAGGAAAGGCAUUGGCUUGGAUCGAAAAGAGUCUUCCACUAGAAUAUUAUGUGAAAAAGUGACACUAAAUCAAACAAUGUUAACCCUGUUGUAUAAAAUCUUGAGCAGGAGCAUGCACAACCUUUUGUGUUAGUUGAAGCAGAACUGCUGUAGAACUUCAUUAUUGUAUUGUGUGAGCUCUUGUUCAAGCGCUGCAGAAGCGUUUUCUGAAAAGUGCAACUUUCCUUAUGCUUUGGAUGCGGUCUUUUUUAAAGAAAAAACAUUUGAGUGAAUUUCAUGUCCAGUUUUAAGUGGCUGAGAGACUUCCCUUGAUUACAGGCAUCCCGCCACUAAUGCGCAUUCUACUUGUGUGCUGCACCAGGAAAUAAUUAAAUUGAAUCAUACUAGAAAAUGGUGGGAGAAAGCUGGAGAAUCCUGGUGACUUGCAAGGACACCCUCCCCAGAGUCCAAAGAGGAUGUCAGUGAGGGUAGAGAAAACCCCAAAGAGAUCUGAGGUGUAGUGGGACUUUGUUGAGGCUGCUCUGCCCUCCUGCCUAACAGCUGGUGUAUGGGGUAGCGCAGCAGGAGCAGCUGCUUUCCCACAUAGCCUCCAGACAGCCCCAGAGCUUCCAUGCUAGUUGUGGAUAUUUUUGGAUAGAGUAUUUUUGUUAUGGAUUGAAGAGAGAGUGGCAGAGAGGGCGGUUAAAGGGUGUUUAGAAAGUGCUCCCCACUUUAUAUGAUUUCACUUAGACUCUCCCUUCGUAAGUGGGGAGUCCCCUGCAUUGUAAAAUUAAUCCUAUAACUCACUCUUCUAAGGUUAAAAAAAAGUGGAUGAAAGAAACCCAGAGCUGGAUGAAGGUAGAAGCAGCUCUGGACAGUAAUCCUGUAUUAGUGACUUUGUGUAUGUAUGUGCCUGUGUGCAUACAGCUCAAAAAUGCUAAAACAGAAGUCACUUUGGAAACCAACCUGGCACAAGAAAAUUUGGGUGGAGGGAAGGUCUGAAAUAAUAGAGUAAAAAAAAUUUAAUUAAGACUACUUAAUGAACUGCUUAUUUAGUACAAAGCACAUCUGCUUGGUUAAAAGCUGGGCAACUUUAAAAGAAUACCACAGUAUUUAGCAAAAGCUUCCCACAGCUCUCUGUCAGACCUGGUAAUGAAUGAUUGAUUUUUGUUUGAUCCUCUAUAAAAUAAAUUGUUGUCUUUGAUCUAGUUUGCUGGGAGUAGCUGUUGAUUACACACACAGCUUUGAAGCCUUCAUUCACAGGGGGCCAGGAGUUGGUUGAAUGUGUAUAGUGGAUGGGUUUUGUUUCAGUUUCCAAUAACUGCCCAUGUAUGAUUAAAUUUGGAAUGUGUGUUGAGUGGAGCAGCAAUGAUAUGCUGUUGCAUCAUGAACCAAUGUACAAAUUCUAUUAUGCUACCCAUAUUCUCCCAUGUGAAAAAAUAGCCCUCUGUUCCAGCAAGGGAGAGCCUUACAGGGCAGCUGAAUUGCCCUGAUGAUGAAAUACACAUUAUGGGGCUCAUCUAGUUGAAUUGGCUGGAUAUGUCCUUUGAUGAUAAUUAGUAUGUACAACUAAUGUGAUUCCUGCAUUGCAGGGAGAUGGGCUGGAUGCCCCUGGGGACCCCUUCCAACUCUGCAGUUCUGUGAUUCUGUGCUUUGCGUUGCUGUUUUUAGCUGGAGAGCUGGGGUAUCUGCAAAAUAUGUUGCUGGUGAUCCUUUGCAGAAUUUACUCAAGCUCGUGAAAUAAAUUGAGCAAGUAGAUAUCCAAAGAGCUGUUUGACAUAAAUUCAGGGACUUGGCCUGAAUUUUAGCAUUCCCCCCGCUAUUUCUGACACUCCACCCGUUUAAACAGUUGGCCAGGUAUUCUUGGAAGCUGCUGUUCAAUAAAUGAAAUCUAAAGGUUUAUUGAACAUACUGAACUACCAGCAGAGUAUUUAGAGAGAGCUACAUCACCGUAGCAUGCAUAUACAUGGCUUCUUUGGAUUAAGGCCAUUGUGUAUUACGUUUUUAAUUAAUUCUGCCUUAAGUAGCUAUGCAUUCCUGCACCUGAAUAGCAUUUAGAUGACAAGUGCCGUCUUGCUAUCAAUGGCCUGGGAAACAUGAUUUAUAUAAUCACUUUUCCUGUCAACUGCAUAUGAAAUAACUUUAAGCUGUCCUAUAAAUCUCAAAGUAAGAGAAAUGAAAAAUGAAAGUGUCUUUCAUCUAUAUAAUGGACUCUGUUUUGGUUUUAGGUUUUAAACUUGCUGAAGGAGAAAGAAGUCAAGCUGGUCUUGCCAACCUGUGCAAUUGUUCCAAGGUCCUUUGUGCUUAAGCCUGGGAUGACGUUGUUUCUAGGUGCUUUGGGACGCAUAGAUUAUUUGCAGGUAAAGGAGACACAGGCUCUUCUGAAUUUGAUUUAAAGUUCUCAUUUGUAAUGUGUGUUAUAUAGAGUGUAGUAGAAUAGGCUGUGUGAGGUAUGUUCCAGAUUGAGAGCUGGCAACUUGAAUGAGCAUUUUUCCUUCUCUUCCCUCAGUAGUGAUAAAUAACUUGUGCUUCAUAGACAUCACCACCAGAGGUUGAUAGGGAGCUACUUACUAAAUGCCUCAAGUCAUAUAGCCACUCCCUUCUUCAGGGCCAUUCAAGUAUCUGCCUCUGGUAUUCUCUCUGAUCCUUCUCUUCACUCCCCACCACCACCACCAAAAACGUUUUCCUUUGGGUAGAGAUCCAGUUUCUGACAGUACCUCUGGGCUAACAAAAGGAUUGAUUUUCCAUUGUUUAUAUCCUCAAGAUUUACUGUUACUCUGUUAUUGAAAAGUUAUGAGGAUGAAUAUUCAAUAAGGUGAUGUCUGUUGUUCAGUUCUUCAGCAAUUAUUUUCAAGCUCUGUAUGUCUGAAACAGAGUAAGUUGCCUGCAUCUUCACUGAGCAAAAGGAAAACAAGCUGCAGCUGUUUUGUAUGAAAAAGUGUAUAUGUGCAUGUUUCCAGAGUUUUGGAGUAUCAUGUUGUAAGAAAGCCAAAAUAACACAGCUAAGCUAAAUUGUUCAUUAAAUACAUUGUGUUUCUUGUUUGCUGAAUCUUAAGAUAUCUCUUCCCAAACUGGAAACAUUAUAUUAAGGGCUUUAUGUUUUUUCUUUGGAUAUUAAAUUAAAAGGCAAGGGUGGAAUAGCUAUAGAAAGAGUAUUAUCAGACUGAAAAUCCUGUUUCUCCAGUCCCUUGUUAGUAACUGUGGAUCUGGAAAUGUUUAUAAGAAUGCAGGUCUGUCCAGCCUUCAAUCACUAAAUCAGUCAACUAUAGAGAAUGGAGAAUUCUUGUUAGCAAAGAUGGCUUUAAGCUUAUUGAUGAAACUGGUCUUUUAAACUUAAUAGAAUUUAUUUCAGACAAUUAAUUUUCAGCUUUAUUACUCUUUAGGGAGACCAGUCCUGCUGGUUUUCUGUUGUGGCCUCUAGUUUGUUGCCUGUGCACAUCACUACAGUAGAAAAAGCAGAUGCUGUCUAUCAAAAACAUGCAGGUCAAACAUUACUGAAGGUAAGCCAGUACUGUCUCUACCAUUGGAGAAUCUAUGAGGGCUAAUGCCUUGUGAUCUCUCUCCUUCCACAGCCAUUCAUUAUUGUGCCUCUUAGGUCUAGUACAAGGCAGGCUUUGUUCUGCUCUUAGCCAGCACCAUGACUGCAUUGUCUCAGAUGAGUUCUCUGUAUCUUGGUGGUCUUCCACUUUAUGCAAGAAAGAAAUAAUACUUCACAUUGUUUUGCUUCUAUCCAAUCUCAGCAAAGAAGAUAAUAGAAUUAAAUAGCAUUCUGUGAGCACUACUGCAAAAAGAUUAUUCCCUGUUAAAGCCACACUAUAGGGUAGCCUCAUUGCAAGAUGUGCUAUCUCAGCAGCCGGAUAUAUCUUAGAUUUUAAUUUUACUGCUGUUAAUGUAUAUAAAUUUCUAACAAGGUGCUUUACAAUCUAGGCCUUACUUGGGGUGGAAAUACCUAAAGUAGUGCUAAGAAACUGGAAUAUAGCCAAAGCUGUGUGAAGUUACUUCCUUUUGUUCACCCUGAAUCUUAUAAGCACCAUCAGACAUCUUGAAGAGUUCAAACAGAAGCUUGAUUGCAAUCAAGAGAAAGUGCAUUUCACACAUCUUAGUUUACAGUAGUCAGUAAGAUUAGUCCACGAUUCCUAAGGGAAGAGACAAUAUUGGAACUGGGGAGGACCCCACCGGGAUAAAAAGAUUAUUACAGUGGUGCCUCGCAAGACGAAAUUAAUCCGUUCUGCGAGUAUCUUCAUCUAGCGGUUUUUUCGUCUUGCGAAGCAACCCUAUUAGCGGCUUAACGGAUUAGCGCUAUUAGCGGUUUAGCGGCUAUUAAAGGCUUAGCGGCUUAGCUGCUAAAAGGCUAUUAAAGGCUUAGCGGCUUAGAAAAAGGGGGGGGCCAAAAAAAAUCUCAAGACUCGCAAGACAUUUUCGUCUUGCGAAGCAAGCCCAUAGGGAAAUUUGUCCUGCGAAGCGCAUUGAAAACGGAAAACCCUUUUGUCUUGCGAGGCAUUCGUCUUGCGGGGCACCACUGUAAAUAGAAUGAGUGAAUCCAUCCGAUGUCGUUUUAAGUCUACUGAAUCCUGCAGUUGCAUGGAGUUGAACACAUCAUUUCAUUCCAGAAUAUCCAUAGAAAUUGAGGCUUAUGUGUGACCACGCAUUCUGGUUUUUUACUUUAAAAAACUGUGUUGUGAUCAACACUUUAAAGUGCACUGAGGAUCAGAGUCCAGGCAAUGUCCCCAUUUUGACAAGACACCACUUUAAAUCAAGAGUGAGGAACCUCUGGUUUGGGGGCCAAAUGCUGCUAUCCUUCAGGAUUUAUAAUCCCACCAUUGGCAUGUGUGCCACAGAAGCUUGUCCAUGAGAGAAUGCAGCCCUAAACCUGAAAAGUCUCUUAAAGCAACCCUUUCCUCCAAUACUUGACAGGUCCUGCUUGGAUUAUCAGUCUUAUUUUAUAUCUGGCGUAUUGCAGUGUUCUUUUCACUGGCUUUUUAUCUUCAACUCCUUGUUUCUCUUUUCUGCCAUUCAGCUUGCGGUUUUCUGUCACUGUUUCAACAACAUCUCACUUCUUUCUCCAUUUUCAUUUUCCUUAUCUUUUUCUAACAGAGCAGUUCUGUAAAUGUCUACUUAAAAGUAAGCCCCACUGAUUUCCUUUCUACACCUUUGUUCUGUUUGAUCUGUUCUUCUUGUUCAAUCCUGUCUUCUCUUUCCUUUUUCAUUUGUAACAGUUUUCUCACGAAUCAAAGUGGUUUAAAAAACAAUGAAAAUAAAAUCCCAAAAUACAAUUGUUGUUGCUUGGUUGGCUGCCAGCCUACUUUAUUCUCGGUUAACUUGUCCCCAACCAUUGGGCUUUAUCUCCCCGACUUGACCUGCCACUUAUUUUAUAAUUUGCUAAUUACAUUACUAUGUAAAUGAAGAGUUAUUCAUUUUUUUUACUGUUUAAUCCCUGGCUUGUAAUAUAAGGUUCCUAUGGGAGGUGAAGAACGAAUGAAAGAAUUUCCGCCACUUGUCCAUCAGAAUGUGAUUUUGGAAGGAAUUGGCAGUACCGAGGCAGUGGCUGAUAUAAAGCUUUCAUCUGCUGGUAACUUCUGCAAAUGUUUUCUUGUGUUGGGCAGGGUAGCUACGUACCCUGGUACUUCUUGUUUUGUCCUGAUGAUGAAUAUAACCAGAGCACUAGUGUAGUGUAAUAGACUUGGGGGGGGGGGGGGAGGUUCCCAAUUUCUCAAUCUUAUCAAGUUCUUUGGAUUUUACUGAGUGUAAAGAUUUUUGGACAGGCCCUAAAAAAAAACAAAGAGUAUCUAAAUAUAUAUUUUGUCUUAAUACUGAAAAAUGAAAUUUGACAUAGUCCUGCUUUGUUCAAGGAGUUGUUCACCCAGCAAAUCCAAUGUUCCGAUUUCAUUUUGUUUAGAUUAUAUACAUGUUCUGGUAUUUCUUCUACACAGGCUGGGUUGCAGUAACAGCUCAUCUGAAUGACAAAGUACAUCUCAAAUGCUAUACUCCUGAAGGAACAGCACUGACAGUACGUAAACCACCUCUGUUGCCAUACAUCGUUCACAUCAAAGGACGUCGUCUGCAACGAAGUGCAGCAUAUGAGACUAAAAAACCACCUCCCCUUGUGGCAAACUUAAAGAGAGAUGUAAAUAAGAAAACAAGGCUGGGGAAAAUCUAAGAAACUGUAGAUAAUGAAAUCUCCCAACAGGUCAUUUACCCAAGGAUGACACAGUGCUAUUUGCACAGAACAUACCUUUCUUUUCAGAUUGUUUGUUGUAAAACAAGUUUUGUAAAAAAAUAAAUAAGGAUUUGAAGUUCUAAA